AUGUCGCCCAAAAAAACAUGCGCUGGUAAAGCGUGGUUGGAACGGAUGGAUGAAAAGCACAAGGCACGCAAAGAGGCUGUACAUAAAGCAUGUAUGGAACACUUCAACAUCUCUUUGAAAUCAGAAAGGUCACUUGCAGCAAAUCCCAGUAAGCUUCGUCCCUUGAUAGUAAACGAUGACCAUCAUUUCAUCUACAGUAUUGUCUACAAAGUGGGAUCUUCCAAUUGGGAGAGAGUACUGGUUGAAGAUCUUGGUGGAUUCAAGAAUGUUCCUAAUCAGAAGUUAUACAGUCACAAAGCAUUACACUGGAUAAGGAGGUACAAUUCCACACAAAUUGAAAGUCGUCUGAACAGUUACAAAAUAUUUAUUUUUGUACGAAAUCCACUAGCUCGGAUUCUUUCUGCUUAUAGAGAUAAGUUUGUUGACCAUCAUAACAGUGUCUUCACAAGAAUGGGACAAAAUAUUAUUAUGUUAUAUAGAGAACAUAAUCAAGUAACUUCUGGAAAUGUGACUUUCACAGAGUUUGUUAAAUACCUUGUUGAUUCACCUGCCCAUCGAUCAAAUCCACAUUGGAAGCCAAUCUUCAACCAGAAUUUCCCAUGUGAGAUCAACUUUGACUUUAUAGGAAAACUAGAGGAGGCUUCUGAUGACAUUCCUUAUGUGUUAAAAAGUCUUCAAAUUGACCAUCUUGUAAAGUAUAAACAAGGACAGCCCAAAAAGACACCCGAGAAAAAUUUGUUGGCCAUGUAUUAUUCACAGUUACCAAGAGAACUUUUACAAAAAUUGUGUGCUAUAUAUAAAGCAGACUUUGUUAUUUUUGGUUAUGACAUUCCAGACAGUUUUUCAUAAUAGUGAAUUGUAUUGUCCUGCACAAAGCUCCAGAAUGUCUUCUAGUGUGGUGUUUGUACUCCAGAUUUGUGCAUCAUUCCACAGCUAUGUUCAUCUACAUGUACAUGUAGCGAGUUAUUUUGAGGUAGUCUCAAACUGGGGAUGCCCUAGCCAAAAAGAAAAAGCAGCAAAGACUCCUUCUUGCAUUGGGGAUUUGGCUUUGAGCUGUAUCAAACAUUGUAAUGCGUCUACACAUCCAUGGAUUACCAACAAAUCAUGCAAGGAAGUUUCUGAAACUCCUGCAUGCUGCACUCAGUGCGAUUUCCAGGCAUAUUUGUGUGAAUAAUUAUGUUCUACUUUAAAAACAUCUUUCAAACCAUAUAUAUGGGCAAUUCCAAGCAAACAUAGACAUGACAGCAAAAACAAUUUUUUACACCACUUUUUUCCACUUUGAAGUUAUAGCUACAUGUAACAUAUGAAAUCAAUUUAUUUCUAGUUGUUGACAAGGAAUGAACCCAAUUUUGGCAAAUAAGAACUCGGCUUAUUCCCGUGUAGGUCUGAGUCACUCUCUCCCGCACCACAACCAUUUUCUCACGCAUUGGGGCCAGACCGGGAUUUUUUUUUUUAAAUAACGCACAAUCUUCAGAUUGCACACAGUUUUUCAGAAUUAUCAACUUAAACUGGCAUUAAAACAUAGCGCAAAUUUUGUAAGAUUGCGCACGCUUUUUGCUCUCUCAGAAGAUUCAGUCGGCAAUUAGGCAGAGCGCAAAACAAGUUUGUCUCAAUUUCUUAGCAGAUUUAUUGAAGGUAGAAGUCGUGAGCGGAGGUUUUUUGACAUCAUUUAAGCCAGAAAUUUAUCUUUUUGGGGGAAAUAAUCUGACCCAAUCGUACGUGCAUUCUGAAAACACCUUUUUCUCAACAAAUAAUUUUAUGCACAAAGAAAGUUUUUUUGGGGGUGGUCCCGGACCAAGAUUUUUUUCUCCAGCGGUGAUUCCGUUACCCAAGUAAAAAAAGCUGGCCUCUAUAUUUGGCAUCUCUGAACACGUUGCCUUAGAUCGGACAAAUUGAUCUAUAAAAAGCGUUUAUAACCGUUUGCGGUGAGGUGCAUAUGGUUGGAAAGAUGUUAUAAAAGUAGAAUCAAUGGUCCACGCAAAUUUCCAUUUUCUUUGCGAACUAAUACGAUUGGCCAUUGAUGGGAGUCAAAAAUGGCUGACUGUGUAAGUCGACGAGGUAAAAGGAAAACCUUGCAAUUUUGAGGCUA